AACGAGCUCACUUUUCGGCUUAUUUAUCUUCAUAGUGACCUUCGCAAAUCGCUGCGUGUCUUUGUAACUAUUCUCUCUGUGGGGGCUUUUGUUUACUCGAUUGGUGACAUACAUGUAGGCCUACUCACUAUUAAAUAUAACUGCUAUAUUAGGGCCUACGCUCCGACAUUCCGCAUAUUGUUUGGGAUUUUCCCUGUUGCAGUGGUCAAACUACGCCAAGUCUGAGAUCAAGUAAGAUGGCUAGGAAUUCGAAGAUAUUUGUCAUCCUUUUCACACUGAUGAGCUUGUUAUUUGCCACAGGUGGGACUCUUAAAUAUUACGAAAGUGGCGCUGUGGCGACUGACGUACAAUUAUGUUCAGAAAUGGGAAGGGAUAUCCUUGAGAAGGGCGGAUCGGCCGUUGAUGGCGCCAUUACCAGUGCGUUGUGUGUGGGUGUGGUGAAUGGUCAGAGUUCAGGCAUUGGUGGUGGAUUCUUCAUGGUGAUCUACACCCGAGCUAGCGGCAUAGUCGAGUCCCUUGAUGCCCAGGAAUCGGCGCAGGCUGCCACUUAUCCAGAGAUGUUUGCUGGCCAAGGGCCUGACGGUGCCAAGUACGGAAUGGAGAGUGUCGCCAUCCCGGGUGAAGUGAGAGGUAUGUGGAAUGCUCAUCAGAAGUAUGGUAAACUACCCUGGUCCGAUCUCUUCCAGCCCGUCAUCAAUAUAUCAAGGAAUGGUUUCACAGUGGGAGCACAUCUUCACCAUGCCUUACGAAGCAUUGAAGACCAGUGGGACGAAUAUCCUGAUAUUCGGAACCUAUAUUACAACGCCGAAGAGGGGCGUGUUGCUAUCGAGGGUGAUGUCAUCACUAACCAAAAUUUAGCCGACACACUACAAGCCAUUGCUGAAAACGGAGUGGAGGAAUUUUAUCAGGGGCAUACUGCUUCUAAGCUUGUUCAAGAUAUUCAGGCUGGGGGUGGUAAUAUUACAAUGAGGGAUCUCGCAGGCUACACAGCUGUCUGGAAAGGAGUGGAAAUAGUAGAAGAUUUUCUUGAUUACUCGAUGUACACUUCCCAGCUUACAUCUAAUGGACCAUAUUUUCAGUUUAUGCUGAGGACAUUACAAGAGUUCAAUCUUCCCACCUCUGAUAAUAUGACAUCAGAAGAGAGGAUCCUCUUGUAUCAUAGGUUUAUAGAAAUAUGUAAGGUAGCCUUUGGACUCAGGACAAAGCUCGGUGAUACAUGGUCUGAGGUGGUCGAGGAGACACUGGAAGAUCUUCGCUCUCUUGAAUUUAGUCGGUAUGUCAGAGAUUUAAUUACAGGCGCUGACCCGGAUGUCUUCUCUACAUCUUCACACGACUAUGUCAUUGACCAAGCCGUUUAUAGCGCGCAGGUCAGAAGCAUCGACAAAGAUCCGGAUGUUGGUGACACUAGUCACAUCAGCGUUCUGGCUCCUAAUGGGGAUGCUGUGUCAAUGACAACAUCAGUUGGAUAUUAUUUCGGUUGCAAAGAUGCGUCAUUGUCAACAGGCGUCAUUCUCAACAAUCAUUUAAGAAACUUUUACUUCGACACAAAAUACCAAACAUGGACCCUGCCAGCUAACCAGCUGUCACCUGGCAAACGCCCUCUAUCGACCAUGGGACCCACCGUCAUCAUCGACAGUGAUGGGGAUGUCAAGAUGGUCAUCGGAGCGUCAGGCGGUUUCCGUAUUCCGACCUCCGUUCUCUGGGUCAUCCUGCGGACUUUGGUCAUGAAUGUUUCUCUAGACGAAGCCAUUAAUGAACCUCGGAUUCACAAUAAUCUUUUGACGAACAAGGCUUUUAUUGAAAAUGGUUUUCCUCAGAGCAUCGUGAACGCGCUUCAGGAUCGGGGUCAUAUCGUAGCAAACUCGUCGUCUUACGGGGUUGUUCAAGGCAUACUCAGAACGGAUGAUGGAAUCGCCGCAUAUUCGGACCCGAGAAAAGGAGGAAAAGCGGCAGGAUUUAGCGGGUCAAUGUCACCAAGCAUUCACAAGUUCUCACCUGUCUUUCCUUUUACUUGUAUAAUCUCUUUCAUAUUGGUAUCAACAAGUGUCUUGACUUGAUUAGAAAUUAAUAGUUAUUUUUGCUUAUUCAGGAUUUAUGAUUAUUAGUUGGUUCAGUAAAAAUGAAUAAAUAUGGUAAAUUUGAAUCACUUGUGCUUUUUUUUACACCAAAGUCUAUUUUUACUUAAUGGGAUUUUUUUUUUUUUGGGGGGGGGGGCAUGGUAUAUAUCUUUCAUGCAGUAUUUUUGUUUGUUUGUUCGGACCUUUCAAUUAUAGAUGCUGGGUUGAGCUUGGUAGUUAUUGAAGCUAUGAUGAGGUCACAUUUCAAUGAAAUUGGUGCACGUUAUGUUUUUAGUUUUCGCUGUUUUUACAAGUUGCACUCUAAAAAAUGAAGUGCUAAUU